AUGUGCUACCAACUCAUCGAACGCUUCUCCGUCUGCGGAUGUCUCUACUUCCAACACGCCAUCGACCCGUGCACGGCCUACGGCCAACGCGGCCACCAGAUCCAAGAGAAAACCGUUCUCGUGGGAUACGCCUGUCCGCGACACACGGGGAAACGGGCGCCGGAUGCGAGUGCCGCUGCCUGGACAGCGAGCUAG